AUGACUUCCUUCACGGCAAUCGACAACUUUGCCAAAGCCACACUAACAACCAUCCCAGCCGAUGAAAAGCCCACCUACAACACCCUCAAGAUCAUUCAUCAAGAAUUGAAUGCCAAUGCCAUGGCGGUACCAUCCACCCUUGGAGGAGGACACUAUGGCCACCUAGCACUUGUCAUUCCACCAGCAUCCUUCAAUGCACUCCCCAAUACAGCCCCAUUGGUCACACCAGUCCACCCAGGACCUGAACCCAUUCAUGGAGAUGCUCCCACCGCGGCACAAAUCACGGAAACCAACAGGACAUACGCAGCCAACGAAAACAAGUUCCUCAUCUACAGAGCCACCGAAACAGCCCUCCAGAAACAACUUUUGGAAGCCAUCCCAGACACAUUCAUCAAGUCAUUGAAACACGAAAUGUAUGGGUAUGCCCAGGUCACAGCAUUGGCCAUCCUCACGCAUCUAGAUACGACUUAUGGAAAAGUCAAUGCCGAUGAUCUCGAGGACAACAUGAGUCCUACUCAACCCAUUGAAGACCUCUACAACUAG